AUGGCUUUGGUUGGGUUGGAGAAUGGGCAAAUACAGGCCAAUCAAGGGCUGCUGGCCAUUGUGGAAUCAGACCAAUCCCCAAUUCAAUCAUCCCCCGUUAAAUCCCCAAUUCGUUCCCCUAGUCAGAAAGCAAUUCAGUUAUCAAUGCAACACCCCAGCUCUCCAUCACCUUCACUGACGGUCGAAGACCAAGAGAUGCUUCGGGAUGUAGGCAAAAGGAGACCAACCCCGGGAAAAAGUAAGAGUCAAGAAUUCGAUACUGCAAAAACCAGGUUAAGCAAGCACCAUAGACUGAGUAAGAGUAGCAGCCACUCUCCAACGAGGGAAAUUAAGAAGGAUCCCUUUCCUAUUAGGAGACCAUCAUCUGUCCCGGUCAUUGACUUUGACAUUGAUCGGAUCAAGGCAUUGGAUGUCAUUGAUAGAGUAGACACCAUUCGAAGUGCAUAG